UCAUCUGCAUACCUUCGCAUCUUUACACAGCAACGUCUGCCUGCUCAAUCCAUCCAUCCAUCGAAGAGGCAUCUUAUUUGCAGUCUCUUUGGAUCCACCCCAUCGCAUCCUGCCCCGUCGAGUUUUCCUUCAUCUAACACUCGACCUAGACAAGUACAAAUAGGGUGCGACGAUGACGGAUAAACUUCCUCCCCAGCUGCUCGCGCUCUUCGCGCCGCGACCUCCCCUUCGAUGGGUUCCUCACAUCGACCAAGCUCCCGAAGCGCGCAAGACAGCCCGUGUCACUGGACUGGCACAAUACCUUCCCGCUCUCAAUGCUUACAAGGACAACGAUGGCUACGUCCCCACUGAGAGUUGGCUGCAAAUGCGCGAUCGCAAGAAGCUGGAGAAGAAGGCAGCUGCCGAGAAGCUCUUGACUGAAGGACCACUGCACUACAAGCCCCAGGAAGACCCCAACAUCCGUGGAGAUGCCUUCAAGACCCUCGUUGUCGCCAGACUCAGCUAUGAAGCAAACGAACAGGACCUCGAAAGAGAGUUCGGACGAUUUGGUCCCAUUGAACGUAUUCGCAUCAUCACUGAUGUCAAGGCCCAUGAGAAGCCCAACAAGAAGAAGAAGCCCCACCGUGGAUAUGCUUUCGUUGUGUUCGAACGUGAGAAGGACAUGAGAGGUAAAACAACCAUUGAUUUUUUCCAACAGCUUUCAACAUGUCCCUCACCUGAGAUGUGGCCCUCAAGCUUGCCUAUCUCUCCCCUUUCCCUACCAUUUCAUUGCUCCAAGGUAUGAUACAAUGGUAAGGCUUUACUGACAAAAGCGCGUUGCUGCGCACGUGUAAUUAGCUGCUCUAGAUGGUUGUGAUGGAAUUCGCAUCAAAGAUCGUCGUAUCAAGGUGGAUGUAGAGAGAGGCCGCACGGUUAAGGGCUGGAAGCCUCGUCGUCUUGGGGGUGGUCUCGGUGGUCGUGGAUACACGAAGGCCGCC